AUGGAAGGAGUUGAAACGGUGGAUGUGAGCUGGCUUCACCAUUCGCAAAAAGGCAAGUCGCACUGGAUAGCCUUGAUGCCCACACAGUAUAACCAUGCGGUUUGGCCUGGUAGGGAUGACAACGGAGCGACCGCACCCCCCAAGUCACACCGGAGAUCUCGAUCGAACAGUACCCCGCUGCCAACAUCUUCGGCUUUAUUCCCUUCAGAAUCGAAAGAAGCUUCUCCACAGACGAAAGAAUCGUUAGAAGAAAACGCGCUAUCAGAAGACAAGAAUGCGGAAUCGAUACCACCCACGCCAUCCCCGGCGCCCCAGCGGAGCAGCCCCAAGCCUAUCGGGAGCCGUCGCAACUCGUGGAUCUCGAGCUUGAGCUCCAAGUUUUCAUCUGGAUCAACGCCCCCGUCGCAGUCGAGCUUAAAAGGCAGUCCAGCUAGCCCCAAAGCGACUUCGCCCCUCGACAUGCACAACCCGUUCGGCGCAGCAUACUCACCCAAGGACCAAGAAGAUGAGAAGAAAGAUGACCCUGGUCCUUUUACUUCAUCCUCUCCUAAGGGACCCUCCUUCUUGCACAAUGCUCUCCGCAAAUUCUCGUCUAACUCCGGUGGGCUACCUAAGAUAGCCCCUAAUGGAACGGUCUGCCCCCGGCGCGUGAUGAACGUCGAUCACGGCCGAGACCGAUGCAAGAUCGCGGACCUAAACCAGUCGAAGCUCAAUCGCGUGGCAUUUUGUGUGGACGUUGAAAUCGCAGGGGUCUCCCAUCGGGACUCUGACGAGGAAGCACCUCCAACGAACCAACUUCGGCAGCCUCAGUCGGAAUCCAACAGCCAAAAGUCAAAGAAAUCCGAUCUCAAAUCGGAGGCCGGGGCAUUGAAACACCCCCAGUCUGCGGUGGCUGAAAAGGAGACAUCGGUCCCAAAUCCGACUUCUACUCCAGGGGCCGACGAUACCACUGCUCAAUCUACAACUGCCUCGGCCAGCACAGUCAGCUCUCAGUCCUCCGAUUCCAAACCGAACGGAGAAGGCAAGGACCCCACGAGAAAGCAAGAGAAGAAAAAGCGAUCAGAGGAGGAGAGGAGGGAGCGCAAGGAAAGAAAGCGGAGGCAAGCAGUGGCGAAUGGUUCGGUCCCGUUGCAACUGGAUGCCGACAAUGAUGAAGAUGAACCCCGGGCUCCAGCGCCUGGUGUCUCUCGCUCGAAAACACAGGGUCACCCAACCACCGAUCCGGUGCGCAUCUAUCGUCGCUGCUGCCAGUUGCGUGAAACCCCUGUUCUCAAGAGAGUGGUUGAUCAGAUCUCUUCGCCUUCCUCGACGUUGGCUGAGUCUCCGGGCACUGUGGCAGCCCUGAAUCUCAGUAACUUCCCCAUGACCCCUCAAGAUAUCACAACAUUCAGCGAUUGGCUCGCGGUUGUUCCUGUCCGCAAGCUUAUUCUUGAGAACUGUGCACUGACCAACGAUUCCGUGCGAGCCAUCCUCGCAGCAUUACUCUCAACCAAGACCGUGGAGCAGAUGCGCUACCGUCGGAGACGAUCUCGACGGUCGGAAUCGCCGGUCAAGAGCGAUGAACGAUGGGGUGUGGUGGAGAAGCUGUCUUUGAAGGGUAAUCCCAAGAUCGGCAGAGAGGGCUGGCGCCAUAUAGGUCUUUUUGUGCAUCUUUCCAAAUCUUUGAAGGCCAUCGAUGUGUCAGGCAUUCCCUUCCCCAAGCCACAGGCUCCAGCAGAUGGUUCGGCGCCCCAAAGCCAGGACCAGACAUCUGCCCUUGAUGUCAGCACCAUUUUCGCAAACGCCUUGGCGGAACGGUUUGGUGGCGACCACCUGGAGGAAUUGCUCAUGAGUGAAUGCAGACCGUCUGUUGAUGAGGUGCGGAAAAUUUGCGAGGCAGCCACUACUAUGGGCUUGCGCAGACUCGGAUUCGCCAACAACAACCUGACCAGGGAGGGCCUUGAACAUGUGGUCGAAUAUUUGAAAGCCGGGCAGUGCGAGGGUCUCGAUCUCGGCGGAAACACUAUCAAGGAUGAUCUUGAUAUUAUCGUGGACGCCAUUGAACCCGAGCUGCCUCUCUAUGCGCUUAGUUUGGCGGACUGUUCCUUGAAUCCUUCCGUGAUCUGCCCGCUACUUCAAGCCUUCACGAAGCUCCACAACCUUCGUUUUAUUGACUUCUCUCACAACCUCGAACUAUUUUCGGCACAACCCAAGGCUUUGGGGGCAUUCCGCCGCUUCCUGCCCAAGAUGCCAUCUCUGAAGCGCAUCCAUCUUGCCGACGUUGAUCUCUCACCAGACCAUGUCAUUGGUCUUGCAGAAGUGCUAUCCGAGUGUCCCAGCCUGUGCCACUUGAAUAUCUUGGAAAACCCUCAGAUCGCCGCUCUGGCAUCCGCUCGGGACCCGGCUACCCAGGAAGAAGCGUGCGCUGUCUACGCGUCUAUGAUGGCAGCUGUCCGUGUGUCACGAACGAUUAUCGCAGUGGACAUUGAAAUUCCAAGUGCAGAAAGCAAUGAGGUUGUGAAAGCUUUGGCAUCCCAGAUUGUGGCCUACUCGCUUCGAAAUCUCGAGGGCGGCGCGAUUGCCGAGGAGCUCUCUGAUCCCAUCACCCCAUCCGCUACCAAGGACGUUCCUGUGCCGGAGAUCUUGCAGCAUAUCGUCGGAAACACGGCUGCUCCCGACGAGCCAUGUGACGAUGAAGGUGAGCCCGCUCCUGACGAAGACUACGUCAUUGGCGGCACAGGUGUUGUCAAGGCAUUGGGUGUUUGUCUGGGCAACCUAGAUCAGCAUGGCAGCGACGUUCUUGGCGACAUCUCGGCGCCAGCGAGUGGCACUACAACGCCCAGGCGACGGAAGUCUCGAAGCGUCGUCACCAAGCGACCCCGUGACAUGUCGAAGAACCUGCUGGCGUCCGCACGCAACAUUCGGACUCGGAUUCAGUCGGCUCUCGUCCGCGAAGACCGGGCUGGCAAUGAUGCAAACUAUCGUCGUCUGCAAUUCCUGGACUUCACCUUGCAUAGGAUGAUCCAACGCUUCGAGGACGAAUACCCGGAGACUCGCAUUGUCCCCCAGCCUGCCACAACCUCUACCGCACCGGACACCAGCUCUCAACAUUCUGGUGACGACGGACACGGAUCCACCGCUGUCGGCGACAACUUGAAUAAUAGUCUUCUGGACAACGAGAACGCCAUCGAUGACGAAGAAACUGACCAAUAUGCCAUCCACCUCUCCCGAACCAGCUCGAUGACCUCUCUCCAUGCACGUGCCAUGACUUCCGAAGAGGGCCACAUCCACCGUCUCGGCCAGAACCUGCGCCGUGAUUUCCUGGACCCAUCGCUGAGCCAGAGCGAUGGUGAUGGCGAUGACGAUGCACACCUUGCUGCUCUCCGGGAAAGACUGGAGCGUCUGCACGACGAACAAUCUCCGUCGCAGUUCGACAGCUUCGGGAGAGAGAAGGCAUUUGAAGAGCUCGGGUCUACCGUUGAUGAACUCUGGGCCGCUCAGAAGCAGGACGCCGAGAGCUUUGAGAAGUUCAGGAUGUCGCAGAUUGCGGCUCAGAUUAACAGUGGCCUGCGUCCUGCUAGAUCCAUGCCUGUUGCUGGCAACGUAGCAUCCAAGAAGGAUGCGGGUAAUGAUACCACUGAGAGCAAGUCUCCGCCAUAG